ACUGCAUGCACCACUGAAUUAAAAACCAAUUUGUCUAAGAGAGGAAAUAAGGAGCAGUGAUGUGUAGAGAAACUUCCUGAAAUGUAAAGGAGAAAGAAGUAGAAAAGAAGGAGGAAGAGAAAAAAAGUGUCAGUUCAGUGCAGAAGCAGUGAGCAGAGGUCACUGAGCCGAAGACUCAGCAAGAAAAAGGAAUAAACAGUUUCACACUGCCAAGAUGCUUGUUUUGAUUUGGGCAGCUCUACUUCUCACUGUGACAGGAUCAGGCACGAACAACACAAGAACAGACACGGAGAAUGGAUCCCCUAAUAAUCGUACCGUUACAAACCCCAAACCAGAUGCUGGACAAUGUCCUUUAACUAAAGUCAAGAGCUUUACUUGGUGCAAAUGUCAACCAUGUGGAGUAUGUAACCAGCAAAUGAAUAACUCAGGGAACAAUGACAAUGAUCUAAAGAAAAACUGCUGCAUCAUCAACAACUUCACCACUUCAGAUGAGAAAAUUUAUCAAGUCAAAGCUGAAGCUGAGGAGGAUUGCCGGAAAUGUAUUUAUGAAGCAAACAUUACUGUUAAAGUUUGUCCCUCGAAUGGCUCUACAUCAGAUGUCCAGUGUGUAAGUGAGGGCUUUUCUUUACCCAUAAUCACAUGGCCACUUUUGAACAGUUAUGAGUACACUGCGUCAACAACUGUCUCAAGUCAUUCAGUCAUAGGUAACAUGACAAUGCGUUUAGAAUAUUCUAGCGAGAUUACUGUUAAGUGUACCAGCAAGAAUGAUUCUAGUGAAAUCAAGGAAAACAUGUGCAGCUCAGAAGAACCAAAUAAGCAACAAAAUCAGGGCGAUACAAACUUUUUUGAUCGUCUGAAAAAAAUCUUUGAAGAUCAGCUGCUGUUCUUCUUAGUUUUCGGAGUUGGAAUUCUGAUCGGAUCACUGGUUGCAGGCUUCAUCGCCUGCCUUGCAAUACAAUGCUGCAGCAGAAAGAAGAAAUCCCAUUCUACUGAGGAGCUGGAGCUGGUGACCACUGAACCUGUUCCAAAGUUUUGUGAUGAUGGGACCCUGGACUUACAGGAUGAUGGCAUCCAGAACCAUGUGGCAGCAGAAGUUGGAGAGGAGCCUGCUGUGGACUUGGUAGAUUCAGACCUGUCGCCAAAGGACACGGUGUACUCAGACAUUGACUUCUCUGCAAUGAAAGAGAAGAAUCCUACGGCUGCCAAAGAGCAGGGGGAUGCCACAGAGACUGAAUAUGCUGAGAUUAAGAGAGGGGAAAUGGAUGAGGCUCAAGAAAAUGAAGAAAUGGACUGUGAAAUGUUGGCAGGAAAUGAUGAGACGGAUGUGAUAAUUGAGCAUCAGGGAGAGAGAAAACAGGGCUUGCUGGCUGAAGAGGUGAUAGGAGAGGAUGUGCCACUUUGCUCUAACACGAAUGAAGAAGGAAACUGAACUGUGAAUGCUUUAGAAAGAUUAAAGCAAUGAUAAAGCGAGACAUAAAAGUAAAGUAAGGUUUGCUUGGGUGAGACAGAGGCUUUUUGCAUUUUUGAGUGUUUAUGAAGUAAAUACCUGGAACAAGGUAGUUUUUGUUUGUAAAGCAAAAACUUUGCAUGUCAAGUUCCAAUCAAGCUGUGUUUUGCAUUGACAGAAAUCUUUAAGUAGUAUUUUCCAUUUGAAAGAAAACAUUAUUUUAAGUUUUUAUGCAUGUUGUAAUUUAUAUGUAGAGUGUUAAGAUGACAAAUAAAAUUUUAUUUGUUUCAAUUUUUUAGACUGCACCUUUUCUUAUGUAUGUUUGCUUUAAUAAACUGAGACAUUGAACACUGUUGCUUUGAAAUGUAGGAGUUCCUUUUCUUGAUCAAAAUCUACUUCCCCUUUUUUGUCUUGUAAGAAAUAGAAGAGUGGUUUUUAAAAAAAUCUGCUUUGUUAAUGGAAACUGUGGCUCAAGAGGUUGUGUUGAGAGUUCCUAAAACAGUCACUUGUUUCUUUUCCACUGGAUUAUCAUCAGGAAUCAUUUAUUGAAUGUGUGUAAA